CCACCGAGCGGCACGGCACGGUACGGUACUGUGAACUGACUCCACGCACUCAACCCUGUCUCCGUGCGGUGCGCGUGCGCCACACCGGAAGUUACAUUCAUUCGUGCGUUUUCAUGAGCACGGCAGGAGUGGACCGGCAAAGACGACAGUGACCGGGAGGGAGAGAAGAGGAGCCGGUGGAUCGAUUCCCUGGAAUGAGCUGCAUAGAUGUUCGAGUGCCGUUGAGCUACCACCCACGCUAAAUUUCUUCGUGUGAACAUCCCAACAAGAGGCGUAUUAAGGAACCUGCCUAUUUCCGACGACGGAGUGUGUUGUGGCUGGGGGACGACAGACAGACACAGAGAGAGCCGGGUUCCUGCGCUGCCCCCCGGCCCCCGACCAGAGGAGUGUGUGACCGUAGUGUGUGAGCAGCUCUCCAUAUGUGUGUCACAAUGGGGGACAUCAGUGAUCUGGACCGACAGAUAGAGCAGCUCAGACGCUGUGAGCUCAUCAAAGAAAACGAAGUCAAAGCACUGUGUGCCAAAGCCAGAGAGAUUUUGGUGGAAGAAAGCAAUGUUCAGAGAGUAGACUCUCCUGUCACAGUGUGUGGUGAUAUACAUGGUCAGUUCUAUGACUUGAAAGAGCUGUUUAGAGUGGGUGGUGACGUCCCAGAGACCAAUUACCUCUUCAUGGGAGACUUUGUGGACAGAGGCUUCUACAGUGUGGAGACAUUCCUGCUUCUGCUGGCUCUCAAGGUGCGCUACCCGGACAGGAUAACCUUGAUACGGGGAAACCACGAGUCCCGCCAAAUCACCCAGGUCUACGGCUUCUAUGACGAGUGCCUCCGCAAGUACGGCUCCGUCACCGUCUGGAGGUACUGCACGGAGAUCUUCGAUUACCUGUCCCUCUCCGCCAUCAUCGACGGCAAGAUCUUCUGCGUGCACGGCGGCUUGUCUCCCUCCAUUCAAACACUGGACCAAAUCCGGACCAUUGACAGGAAACAGGAAGUUCCUCAUGACGGCCCCAUGUGUGACCUGCUGUGGUCGGAUCCUGAAGACACCACUGGCUGGGGGGUCAGCCCCAGAGGCGCCGGCUAUUUGUUCGGGAGUGACGUGGUGGCGCAGUUCAACGCCGCCAAUGAUAUCCACAUGAUCUGUCGAGCGCACCAGCUGGUCAUGGAGGGCUAUAAGUGGCACUUCAACGAGACGGUACUCACCGUGUGGUCAGCACCCAACUACUGCUACAGGUGCGGGAAUGUGGCGGCCAUCUUGGAGCUGGACGAGCAUCUACAGCGGGAGUUCAUCAUAUUCGAGGCGGCCCCACAAGAGACCAGAGGCAUCCCCUCCAAGAAACCAGUAGCCGACUACUUCCUGUGAGGUCUCCAAGAGCGGACAGCCUCCAUCAGUCCUUUCCAGUACAGUUUCCCACCAGUAGCCCUUCUCCAUCAUCCUGUCAGACUGAACUCAGAGCAGUUGGACGAAAAUAAAUACGCCAAACGACCCCCUGUCCCCCUGCGAAGGUUGGGAGAGAUGGAUUUUUGCAGGGCUGAUGGAGCGGUCACCGUGAAGGGGCGAGAUGGACACUGGGCCUUAUGACUGUUGUUCUCCAUCUUGUCCUUUCUCCCCUCAGCUUCCACCUCCUCCCCCCCGCUGUAGAUGCUCUUCUCCGACCUGAGCUGCACCACUCAAAUUUUUUUGUUUUUUUUCUUCAACAUUGAUGUUUAGUUUUUAGAAAUAUCUUGAAAGAGUUUUUUCUCUCUUUUGUUUUUAAAUACUGCAGAUGUAGGACAUUAAAACAAUUGUAUAAUUUGCAGCGGAACCGUUGCUGAUUUUUACCGGCGUCUGUACGGCAGUGUGCGCAUAUGAGAGCGAGAUAACAGCUGGUUGGAAACCGGAGAAGGCGUCCCUGAAGGAAUUCCUUCCAUGCAUACAUUUUCUUUUGUUUUGUAUAAUUGUUGCUGCCGCCAGGAUUAAAUGCUCUUAUGUUUCUGUUUAACAGUUACGUUGAUCACUAUUUAACACAUCCAGUGAUGCUGCCGCUCAGCGCUGCCUCUACUACCGGAAGUAGGGUGACCGGCCGGCAGGAGUCACUGUAUUCUUCACUGUUUUCUCUCUUAAUUCCUUUUUAAUCUACAAAUCGCUGUAGGUCUGUCAAUUUUGAUAUUGUGAAAAUAAAGUUUUGUAUCAAU